GAAGGGCAAUAUACUCCAACGAACGCAACGAUGAAGCUCACCCAGUCUUUCGGAGCCCUUCUCUUUGCUGCUGCUGCGCUCGCGCAAAACGUCAUCAUCACUCUCCCCACUGAGGGUCAGUCCGUCACGGCCGGGUCAAACAUCACCGUCGACGUCGAGCGGCCCGAACAACUGACAGGAUUCGACCAAGUCGCACUCAUCAUCAGCAUGACAUCCUGCGCGAGUGGCGCAUGCCUGCCCAUGGCCGAAGGACUUGACAUCAUCCUGUACAAUGGCGCGUUCAAUCCCGUCGAGCCGAACCCGAACCCGGCGCACCAGCAGCCGAACCAGAACUUCACGGUCGCCAUCCCCGCGGCAUUGCAGAAGGGCGAAGCGCUGAUUGGGGUGACGCAGAUUGCGCUUGUCUCUGCGAGUUUGGCACUGUGGGUCGAGUAUCAGAAUGUUACGGUGAACGUGGUGUAGAGAAUUGUGCGGGCCAUGUUCGCUUUGAUCUUUCACGGGAAAUCCGGACGGUUUGCUUCAUUAUGGAUGGUUAACUGGAGACAAAUUGGGUUACUAUAGCAUGGUUAAUUCGUAAUCAAGUACUAUAAUGACGCAUUUGAAAUUCGG